GGGGCGUGGCGUCACUUCCGCCCGCUCGCUCCGGCAGCUCCAAUAUGGCGGCGUCCUGCGGCUCCUCGCAGCUCCCGGCGCCUGAGCCGCCGCUCAAGAUCCCCAAGAUGGAGGUGCUGUCGCCGGGCUCGCCGGGAGCGCUGAGCGACGGCAACCCCAGCCUGUCCGACCCCUCCACCCCCAGCGGCGCGUCCCCGUUGGGCCCGGGGCCGGCGGCCGGAGGGGCCGGGCUGGGAGCCGGGGGCCGCGGCGGGGCCUCCCCCUCCGUGUCGUUCUCCCCGGGCGGUGCCGCCGCGGCCGCCGCCGCCGCCGCUUGCCGGGGCAUGUCGUGGACUCCGGCGGAGACCAACGCGCUGAUCGCGGUGUGGGGCAACGAGCGGCUGGUGGAGGCGCGGUACCAGCAGCUGGAAGGAGCCGGGACCGUGUUCGGCAGCAAAGCCCCCGGGCCCGCCAUGUACGAGCGGGUGUCCCGGGCCCUGGCCGAGCUGGGCUACGAGCGAACCCCCUCGCAGUGCCGGGAGCGCAUCAAGCAGCUUCACAAGAGACAGAGUGAGUUAGUAAGGAAAGCAAAAUAUACCCUCCGCAGGUGCUACAGCCGGGUGAAGGAGCACGGCGUGGGGAAGCGGAAAAGCAGCUACACGUUCGAGCAGCUGGAGCAGGUUUUUGGGCAGGGGGGGUGGGACUCCCAGCCCUGCCAGCCCGUCCUCAUCAACAGCAGCGGCUUGUACCAGGAGCUGGAGUCGGAUGGCAGCACCAUGGAGGAAUAUUCGCAGGAGGAUUGGGGCAACCACAGCCAGGACCUUCACUGCUACCAGACAGGCGAACAGGAAUUGGAUGAAAUGCCCCCCACAAAAAGAACAUUAAAGAUCAAACAGGAAUCGUCUGAAGACACACAGCGACGCGACGCGAUGCAGAACAUCGUGCGGAUCCUGGAGUCGGUGCAGCUCAAGUGGGAGCAGUUCCAGAGCUGGACGGAUUUCUCCCGCCUCCACCUCUCCAACAAACUGGCCAUUUUUGGCAUCGGCUACAACACGCGCUGGAAGGACGACAUCCGCUACCACUACGCCGAGAUCAGCUCCCAGGUCCCUCUGGGCAAGCGCCUGCGCGAGUAUUUCAACUCGGAGAAACCCGAGGGCCGCGUCAUCAUGACGCGGGUGCAGAAGAUGAACUGGAAGAACGUUUAUUACAAGUUCCUGGAGAUCACCAUCAGCGAGGCGCGCUGCCUCGAGCUGCACAUGGAGAUCGACUGGAUCCCCAUCGCCCACUCCAAACCCAGCGGGGGGAACGUGGUGCAGUAUUUAUUACCAGGCGGCAUCCCCAAAAGCCCCGGGUUAUACGCCAUCGGCUACGAGGAGUGUCCUGAUAAACCCCCCGCGCCGCUCACCGAGCCCCAAAUCGACACCGAAACCCCCGGCGAGGCCGAGAUGCCGUCGCCGCUGCAAACGGCGCGGAUCGUCUAUUGUUACCUCGGCAUCGCCGAGGGCCGGACCCUCCAGCAGUGCCUGUUUUUGCAUUUCCAGGCCAGCGCUAAAACCUUCAGCAAGGACUGGGUGGGGAUCAACGCCUUUUUAUCCCAAAACUGCCUGGUGGAGCCCGGCGUCUCGCCCAAAUCCAUCUACAUCAAAUUCGUGGAGGUCGAGAGGGAUUUUCUUUCCGCCGGCUCGUUGGUCGAGUGCCUGGAAAAAGCCAUCGGGUACCCCUUGAAAUUUAACAAUUCCUAAGGAUUCGGGGCUUUGCGCCCUUUUAUUUUGCGUUAUUAUCCAUCUUGCGGAUUCAAAUCGGACUUUUCACCCCCAAAAAACCCCUCGUUUCCGCGUGGAAAAGAGGCGCGUGGGGUGUUUUUCCACCUGAUUCCCCCCCCGGGGAGCGACUGUUGGUACAUUCCACGUGGUGUUUUCAUACGAAACACAGAAAACCCAGUUUAUUUUGUUGGUUUUUAACUCCACGGCGUCUCGUUUUUACUGCAUCUCGUUCAGUGUUCUCACGGAUCUGAAUUAAUAAGCAAUAGAAAAGGGCGAGUUCGACCCCAAAUCACGGAGACUGUUUUUAAAGCCGCCCUUCGAUACCCUUGUAUAUAAUUUCGAACUUGGUUUUGCCACCCGUCGAGUGUUUUUUCUUAUGAUUUUUUGUCCAACAAUCCAAGCUGUGACAACGGGGGGGUCGGGAGGGGACACGGGGGACACACACACACACAUUUAAUGCCUUUUUCAGCCGCGUUAUUAUAUAAAACCCCAUUAUCUCGCGCGCCGGCGCUUCCCAUUGGUUCUAUUUUGAUGAUUCCCAAGCUCAUCGAUCGGUGAAGUUGUGACAUACGAUGAAUGUGUCGGUCCUAAUAAAAUCAAACGAACGCGGA